ACUGUGACAUCAUGGCAGGUGGUGUAAGCACAGGGAUCCUCUGUUAAUAAUUCUCAUCAGUGAUUGGUCAAGGAUGGAGAGGAACAGAGCCAAGAUGGCCGACAGGAUAAUAAACCUCACCCUAAAGAUCCUCUUAAAGCUUACUGGAGAGGAUUACACAGUAGUGAAGAAGUCCUCUAGUGGGCGCUGUCGGGCCCCUGUGUGUGAAGGAUGGGGAAGAACCCUGAGCCCAAUCCCGGGUCCCCCACCUCACCCCCUGAUACAUGAGGAAAUGGAGGAACAGAAGAUCCUAGAACUGAUCAACAAGAUGAUGGAGCUGCUGACUGGAGAGGUUCCUAUAAGGUGUCAGGACGUGGCGGUGUAUUUCUCCAUGGAGGAGUGGGAGUAUGUAGAAGGACACAAGGAUCAGUACAAGGAUCAGGUGAUGAUGGAGGAUCAGCAGCCCCUCACAUCAGCAGUCAGAUCCAGUAAGAGAACAGCAGCAGAGAGGUGUCCCCGUCCUCUUCUUCCACAGGAUCAGGAUCAGCUUAUGAAUCAGAGGAAAGACCUGAAAUGUAUUAAGGCUAGAGACAUAAAAGAAGAAGAGACAGAUGUGAUCGGUGAUGAGCAGUAUAAGGAGGACAUUCCUACAGGGAAAGAUCUGAACUAUAUUGAUGCUUCAGACAUAAGUCAAGAAGAGGAAGAAGAGACAGAUGUGAGCAGUGAUGAGCAGUUUAAGGAGGACAUUCCUACAGGUAACCACUUAGGAUCUUAUAAUAUAGGAUUCUGGGUUUUCCUAACUGACCAAUCAAAGAUGAAGAGAGACAGGAACAAGAUGGUCGACAGGAUAAUAAACCUCACCCUACAGAUACUCUUCCAACUUACUGGAGAGGAUUACACAGUAGUGAAGAAGUCCUCUAGUGGGCGCUGUCGGGCCCCUGUGUGUGAAGGAUGGGGAAGAACCCUGAGCCCAAUCCCGGGGUCCCCACCUCACUCCCUGAUACAUGAGAAAAUGGAUGAACAGAAGAUCCUAGAACUGAUCAACAAGAUGAUGGAGCUGCUGACUGGAGAGGUUCCUAUAAGGUGUCAGGACGUGGCGGUCUAUUUCUCCAUGGAGGAGUGGGAGUAUGUAGAAGGACACAAGGAUCAGUACAAGGAUCAGGUGAUGAUGGAGGAUCAGCAGCCCCUCACAUCAGCAGAUGACUGCUCCAGAAGAUCAGAGGGACAUCUCAUAUUUUCAAGUUUGAAAGAAGAGGAUAUGUAUGAAGAUCAUUCCAUUAUCCCAAAUAUAGAUUCAGUCCUUUACAGAAAAGAUCUGUCAUCUGAUCCUUUUAGACCAGUCUUAUCUUCUAAAUCAUCACAGACUGUUGAGCAAAACAAAAGUUACAGAAAGGGUGCUAAACAUCAAAAAUCUCACACAGGGGAGAAACCAUUUUCAUGUUCAGAAUGUGGGAAAUGUUUCACUCGGAAAACAACCCUCGUUAAACACCACAGAAUUCACACAGGAUUGAUGCCAUUUACAUGUUCAGAAUGUGGGAAAUGUUUUACUGGGAAACCAGGUCUUGUUAAACACCAGAGAACUCACACAGGGGAGAAGCCAUUUUCGUGUCCAGAAUGUGGGAAAUGUUUUGCUCAGAAAUCAGAUCUUGUUACACAUCAGAGAAUUCACACCGGGGAGAAGCCUUUUUCAUGCCCAGAAUGUGGGAAAUGUUUUGCUCGGAAAUCCCAACUUCUUGUACAUCAAAAAACUCACACAGGCGAGAAGCCCUUUUUAUGUUCAGAAUGUGGGAAAUGUUUUACUCACAAAGCACAUCUGGUUGAACAUAAAAAUACCCACACAGGGGAGAAACCCUUUUCGUGUCAAAAAUGUGGGAAAUGUUACAGCGGUAGGUCAGCCCUUGUUGUACAUCAAAGGACUCACACAGGAGAGAAACCGUUUGCAUGUCAAAUAUGCGGGAAAUGUUACAUUGCUAAAUCAAAUCUCGUUGUUCAUCAGAGAACUCACACGGUGGAGAAGCCAUUUCCAUGCCCGGAAUUUGGACAAUAUUUUUAUCGAAAAUCACAUCUUGUUGAGCAUCAAAAAAUUUACACAGGAUGUAGUCAGUUGCGCAUCAAGGUUUUCUUUAAGUUUCAAAAAUUCCUCGUUGUUCAAGGUCUCCCGCAAUUGUUGUUCAGUCGCCUCAACUUCUUUCUUAAUUUCCGUAAUAGCUUUUUGCAGGCGAUCAACUGUUUGCCAUCUGCACCGCAGCUUGCCAAGCUAUUAUUCGCCCACAUCUUCCGUCUCCAUGGUUUACCAACCCAUAUUGUCUCCGACCGGGGGGUCCAAUUCAUCUCCAAGUUCUGGAGGGCCCUUUGUUCCCGUCUUCAAGUAAAAUUGGACUUCUCCUCGGCUUACCACCCUCAAUCCAAUGGUCAAGUCGAAAGGGUGAAUCAGGUCCUGGGGGACUAUCUUCGCUAUUUUGUCUCCGCCCGUCAAGACGACUGGACCGAUUUACUACCCUGGGCCGAAUUUUCAUAUAACCACAGGAAUUCUGAAUCCACUGGAACGUCCCCCUUCUUUGUGGUCUUUGGCCUUCAUCCUCGCCCACCUCUUCCCCUGUCUUCCUCUUCUUCUGGAGUACUUAUGGCUGACGAACUGGUUCGGAAUAUCGCCUCCAUCUGGCAGAAAACUCGUCACUACCUUCUUCUUGCUACCAAUCGUAUGAAGUCACAAGCGGACAGAAAACAACGUCCUCCUCCCGAGUUCUCUCCUGGGGACAAAGUGUGGUUGUCCUCCAAGUACAUUUGCUUUAAGGUCCUGUAUGCACAGCACAUCUGGAGUACUGGGGACGUUCCUUUCUAUGAGGUUCCUACAAUAUUGGAUUGUCUGCUGUUAGUUUUCCUGAUUGAUUCAUUAAGGAUGAAGAGAGACAGGAACAAGAUGGCCGACAGGAUAAUAGACCUCACCCUAGAGAUACUCUUCCGGCUUACUGGAGAGGAUUACGCAGUAGUGAAGAAGUCCUCUAGUGGGCGCUGUCGGGCCCCUGUGUGUGAAGGAUGGGGAAGAACCCUGAGCCCAAUCCCGGGGCCCCCACCUCACUCCCUGAUACAUGAGGAAAUGGAUGAACAGAAGAUCCUAGAACUGAUCAACAAGAUGAUGGAGCUGCUGACUGGAGAGGUUCCUAUAAGGUGUCAGGACGUGGCGGUCUAUUUCUCCAUGGAGGAGUGGGAGUAUGUAGAAGGACACAAGGAUCAGUACAAGGAUCAGGUGAUGAUGGAGGAUCAGCAGCCCCUCACAUCAGCAGUCAGAUCCAGUAAGAGAACAGCAGCAGAGAGGUGUCCCCGUCCUCUUCUUCCACAGGAUCAGGAUCAGCUUAUGAAUCAGGGUGAAGAUCUGAUCUAUAUUAAUGAUCUACACAUUAAAGUAAAAGAAGAGACAGAUGUAAGCAGUGAUGAGCAGUAUAAGGAGGACACUUCUAUAGGUAAUUGUCCAGAUGACUGUACCAGAUCAGAGGAACAUCUGAUAUCUUAUAAAGCAGAUGAUGAUAUCACACAAGAUACAUAUGAAGAACAUUCCAUUAUCUCAGAUACACCCUCAGCCCUUUACCGGAAUGAACUUUUAUCUGAUCCUUUUAUACCCGUCUUGUCUUCUGAUUCACCACAGACUGUUAAGCAAAACGAAAGUCACAGAAAGAGUGAUGAACAUCUAAGAGCUAAUGCAGAAGAAAAGCCAUAUUCGUGUUCAGAAUGUGGGAAAUGUUUUACCCGGAAAACAAAUCUUGGUAAACAUCAGAGAAUUCACACAGGAUUGUUGCCAUUUACAUGUUCGGAAUGUGGGAAAUGUUUUACUGGGAAAUCAGAGCUUGUUAAACAUCAGAGAUUUCACACAGGGGAGAAGCCAUUUUCAUGUUCAGAAUGUGAGAAAUGUUUUUCUCAGAAAUCGGAUCUUGUAAAACACCAGCGAAUUCACACAGGAGAGAAGCCCUUUGCAUGUUCAGAAUGUGGGAAAUGUUUUACUCGCAAAUCGCAACUUCGCGUACAUCAAAAAACUCACACAGGGGAGAAGCCAUUUUUAUGCUCAGAAUGUGGGAAAUGUUUUGCUCACAAACCGCAUCUCAUUGAGCAUCAAAGAAUCCACAGAGGGGAGAAACCGUAUUCGUGUCAAAUAUGCGGCAAAUGUUAUAGUGGUAAAUCGACUCUUGUUGUGCAUCAGAGGACUCACACAGGAGAGAAGCCGUAUUUAUGUCAGAUAUGCGGGAAGUGUUAUAUUGUUAAAUCAAAUCUUGUCGUACAUCAACGAACUCACACAGGGGAGAAGCCGUUUCAAUGCCCAGAAUGUGGGAAAUGUUUUAAUCAGAAAUCACAUCUUGUUGAACAUCAGAAAAUUCACACAGGCCUAGGCCAUCUUCAUGUAGAGCACUUUUUUCAGAUCCCUAGAAAGUUCUUUGCCAUGGUAUGCCAAGCUGAACUUGCAGUGACCGUAUUUGAGAGUCCUAUAAGGUGUCAGGACGUGGCGGUGUAUUUCUCCAUGGAGGAGUGGGAGUAUGUAGAAGGACACAAGGAUCAGUACAAGGAUCAGGUGAUGAUGGAGGAUCAGCAGCCCCUCACAUCAGCAGUCAGAUCCAGUAAGAGAACAGCAGCAGAGAGGUGUCCCCGUCCUCUUCUUCCACAGGAUCAGGAUCAGCUUAUGAAUCAGGGAGAAGAUCUGAAUAAUGUUAAUGCUCCAGACAUAAUAGUAAAGGAAGAAGAAGAGACAGAUGUGAGCAGUGAUGAGCAGUAUAAGGAGGACAUUCCUACUAAAAAAGAUCUGAUCUAUAUUAAUGCUACAGACAUAAAGGAAGAAGAAGAAGUAGAGACAGAUGUGAGCGGUAAUGAGCAGUAUAAGGAGGACAUUCCUACAGGUAACCGCCUAGGUGACUGUACCCGGAGAUCAGAGGAGAAUCUUAUAUCUUCAUAUUAUAAAGCAGAUGAUGAUAUCACACAAGAUACAUAUGAAGAACAUUCCAUUAUCCCAGAUACACCCUCAGCCCUUCACAGACAAGAUCUCUCAUCUGAUCAUUAUGAACCAGUCCUAUUUUGUGAUUUAUCACAGACUGUUAAGCAAAAUAAAUGUCAAAGAAGCGGUGUCGACCAUCAAAGAGCUCAUACGAGGGACAAGCUUUAUUCAUGUUUGGAAUGUGGGAAAUGUUUCAACCAGAAUUCCUAUCUUCUCAGACAUCAGAAAAUUCACACACGGGAAAAGCCAUUUUCAUGUUCAGAUUGUGGUAGAUCUUUUACCAAAAAAAUACAUCUUAUUGAACAUCACAGAAUUCACACAGGGGAGAAGCCUUAUUCAUGUUCUGACUGUGGAAAAUGUUUUUCUCAGCAAACGGCUCUCGUAAAACAUUCCAGAAUUCACACAGGACAGAAGCCAUAUUCAUGUUCAGAAUGUGGGAAGUGUUUUAAUGUAAAAUCUAAUCUUACGCACCAUCAAAAAAUGCACACGGGAGAGAAGCCAUUUUUGUGUUCAGAAUGUGGAAAAUACUUUUCCCGGAAAUCAACUCUCAUGGAACAUCAGAAACUGCACACAGGGACAAAGCCUUUUUUCUGCUCAGAAUGUGGGAAAUAUUUUACUCGGAAGUCAAGUCUUCUUGACCAUCAAAAAACUCACACAGGAGAGAAGCCAUAUUCAUGUACAGAAUGUGGGAAAUGUUUUACUGUGAAAUCCAAUCUUGUUCACCAUCAAAGAUCUCACAGAGGAGAGAAGCCAUAUGCAUGUCCAGAUUGUGGCAAAUGUUUUACUGCAAAAUCGCUGCUUACUAAACAUCAGAAAAUUCACACAGGGGAGAAGCCGUUUUUAUGUUCGGAAUGUGGGAAAUGUUUUAACCGAAAGACAGUUCUAAUGGCCCAUCAGAGAAUUCACACUGGGGAGAAACCAUUUAUAUGUCUAGAAUGUGGGAAAUGUUGUUCCUACAAAUCUGAUCUUCGUAAACAUCAGAGAACUCACACGGGGGAGAAGCCAUUUUCGUGCUCGGUGUGUGGGAAAGGCUAUUCUAGGAGGUCGGAUCUUCUGAAACAUCAAAGAAUUCACACAGGACAGUAGGCCUUCUUCUUUUCUUAAUUUGUUUCAUUGACAAAUAGUAAAAGCACAUAAUAGAACUGUUUAAGGUCCCAUGUCAUCAACAAAAAAUGGAAAUUUGGAGCAAUAACUGAUUAAGAAACAUCUGCAGUGAGCAAAAUGUUUUGUUGUCCACAAACCAAAUAAAAUCCAUAAAACGCA